AUGUUUCGCCAAGGAUUGAGGGCCUCCGCAGGCCUCGCUCGUCGGGUCCUGCCCCGGGCGGCUGUCACUCUGGGACGACAACAACGCAUCGCUACGCAGUCGAUUCGCCCCUCGAUGCCAGUAGCCCAGUCUUGGAACGCCGUCUCCCACAUCGCGCGCUUCUACAGCAGUGAUGCCGCCGCUCCCGCCGCCGAAACGGCCACUGAGCAGCAGGAUGCCCGCAAGCUGGCCGACGACUGGACAAAGCAGUUUGCGAGCCUCGCUGACAUGGGUGUCAACGAGACCCUGCUGCGCGCCAUCACAAAAGACCUGGGCUACCAGACCAUGAGUCCCGUGCAGGAGAAAACCAUUGCGCCAGCCCUCAAAGGCACAGAUAUUGUUGCGCAAGCCAAGACCGGAACUGGCAAGACUAUUGCCUUCCUCCUGCCGCUUUUACAGCGCAUGAUUAACGAAGACCCGACCCUGGCGACCAGAUCUGCCAAAUAUCAGGCUCGUUCCAACGAUAUCCGUGGCAUUGUUCUGUCUCCCACUCGAGAGCUUGCUGAGCAGAUUGCCGAGGAGGCGCGCCGUCUUACUCGACACACUGGCCUGGUUGUCCAGUCGGCUGUGGGCGGUACCAUGAAGAACCAGAUGCUGUACAAGACGCGUCGGGAGGGAUGUCACCUGCUCGUUGCGACACCCGGCCGCUUACAUGAUUUGCUCUCUGACGAGCGCAGUGGUCUCGCUGCUCCCAACCUAGCUGCCAUGGUCCUCGACGAAGCAGACCGAAUGCUUGACGUCGGAUUCGAGCGUGAACUCAAAGCCAUCAUCGAUUUGCUGCCUCGCCCUGACGAGAAGGUGCGCCAGACUAUGCUAGUCUCGGCAACAAUCCCCGACUCCGUCAUUCGUCUCACGCGAAGCAUGGUUCGCGCCGACGACUUUGAAUUCGUGCAGACGAUUUCUGAAUCGGAUUCACUGACGCAUGACCAUGUCAACCAGAACCUUGUCGUUGUCUCGCACAUGAACAACGUCUUCCCGGCUUUAUUCGAGCUCAUUGACAAAGCUAUUGCGGACGCCAAGGCGAACCCUGAUAAGAGCCCGUUCAAGGGUAUUGUUUACCUCAACACCACAGCUAUGACCCAGCUUGCAGGAGAGAUGGGCUUUGCGAAAAACCGUGAUCGUACCUUUAUCCGGAACUUUGCCAUCCACUCUGGCCUCACCCAGUCAGCUCGCACCCGGGCUGCCGAAAACUUUCGCAAGUCUGAGUCUGGAAUCCUGUUCUCUUCCGACGUCACUGCCCGUGGCAUGGACUUUCCAGACGUGACUCACGUUAUCCAGAUUGAUUGCCCUCGUGACCGCGAGACCUACAUUCAUCGUCUUGGCCGCACCGCGAGACAGCAAAAGGACGGCGAAGGCUGGCUCCUCCUGCCUGCCAUGAGCCGCUCCAGAGCCCGUGGACUGCUUCGCGGACUACCUCUCCAGCCGAACACGUCAUUAGAAUCUGCAACCUUUGACGUUGCCUCGGGCGAUGCAGAACCAGAAGCCGUGACCGCAACCAAACAGCUGUAUCCGCGCAUGCCAUCCAAGGUUCUCGAGGAGGCUUACCGUGUGAGCAUUUUCAGCUCCACUGAAAAGCACGCACGCGACGACAUGGUUGUGCAAAUGAACGAAUGGGUCACGCAAGGUUGGGGCUGGCAAUCGCCCCCCACGGUGUCCAAGAUGCGGGCCGACAGAGCCGGCUUUGGCCGUACUGACCUCAACUUUGGCACUGAGCAGUCUUCCUCCUCCGACAGCCCCCGCCGCUCGGAUAGAUUCGGAGGCCGCGACUUUGACAGAAAUGACAGAAACAACCGCCGCAGCAGCGACCCUUUUGAUGGAAUGCGAACCGACGCCCGAAGGGACAGCCCGGGUGGCCGUGGUGGUUCAUCCAGAGGUGGUUUCCGCCGUGGCUCGGAUCGCAAUUCGGGCCGCAACUCGGACCGUAACUCGGACAGAUCACGAGGAGGCGAGUCCGCGUGGUAA